AUGAAGGAGCUACCCUGGCUUCUCAGCGUAGGAGCAAAAGGCCCUCACCCAUCUCUGACUACUCCAAUUCAACCCAUUUACAAUCCUCUUCUGAACAAUGCCAUUGCCCUUGCAUUCAACGUUGCUAUGCCUGUCAAGAAUAUGGCCAUCAUGCCAUUUACUGUUGAUACCAUACCUGCUCUAUAUGUGGAUUGGACGCGCCCGGACACCAAGCUAAUGAGUGCAACCAGCAAUGCAACUUACCCUUUGUUGCAGACACUUGGGGAUUGGAUGACGAGCACAACGACCUUGACGAAGAUGCCCAAUACAACGUGGACGAGCUAG